UUAUCAUUGUCGUUUGAUUGUUUGUCACCGUUAUUAUUAUCAUCAUUGAACUUGAAAUUAAUUAAUAACCAUCAAAUUGUUGAUUCAAGAUUAUUUCCAUGAAUAGCAUUGAGAAUAUAAAAACCUGAAUUAUAUAAAUUAUUAAUAGCAUCAUCACCGAUCAUCAAUAACAAUCAUGGAUAAACGUGAUAUUGCUAUUGAAGUGAAAAAUGUUUCAUUUAAAUAUCAUACGGCAAACGUAUUACAAGAUAUUCAUAUGACCGUACCGAAACGUUGUAUAUAUGCACUAUUAGGACCAAGUGGUUCAGGUAAAACAACAUUAUUACGUUUAAUGCUUGGUCGUAUAAAAAAUGAACAUGGUACAAUCGAAAUUUUUGGUAAUAAUAAACCUGGCCAUUAUAAUCGUGUUAUUGGUUAUAUGCCACAAUCACAGGCAUUAUCACCAGAAUUGACCAUUGGUGAAACAUUUGAUUAUUUUGCCAGCCUUUAUCAGCUUAGUGAAACAAAAUAUUCACAAAUAAGCGAUAAUCUAAAAAGAAUUUUUUGCCUUCCCGAUGAUGAACAAGUUGUAUCAACAUUGUCCGGUGGCCAACAAAAAGCCCUAUCAUUGGCAUUGGUUUUUCUUCAUUCACCAAAAUUAGUAUUUCUUGAUGAACCAACUGUUGGUACUGAUCCAGUAUUGGGUGAUCAAAUAUGGACAUUUCUUCGUAAAAAUUCUGAUAAUGGUUUAACUGUAAUCAUUGUUACACAUUAUAUUCAAGAAGCAAGUCUUGCCGAUCGUAUUGGUAUGAUGCGUGGUGGACGAAUGAUUGAAGAAGGAAUGCCUAAAACAUUAUAUAAUAAAUAUCAGGAAACAAAUCUGGAAACCAUAUUCAUACAUAUCUGUACACAGAAACCAACGGAAAAUGAAAUCAAAGAUAAAGUGGAAAAUACACAAAGAAAAUUAUCAUCAUUUUUACCAUAUAAACGAAAUAGUAUUGCUAAUAAUACCAAUACAAAUAACCAUCUUCUAGUCGUACCGAAUUAUAUUCGCCGUAAAUCAUCAACAAUCGAUGAGAAUCAAUUGAAUGUUAAAUUGAAUACAAAAUCCUUAUUAUGGUUAUUGUUUAUUCUAGUACGACGUAAUAUUUAUCAAUUUUUUCAAUCAAAAUUCAUCAGCGUUAUGGUAUUCUCACCAACAUUCUGUACAUUAUUGAUGUGUAUCAUAUUCAAAGUGGAUAUGAUUCGAUUAAAUACAGCCGUUUUUAAUCAAGAUGUUGGCCGUCAUUAUAGCCAAGAAUUUCAGAAUCAUGUUAAGAAUUUUAGCCUUUAUCAUAUUAAUUACAUUCAAUUUGAUUCACUUGAUGAGGCUGUCGAUCAAGUACGGAAAGGUCAUGCAACGGCAGCCAUUUGGUUUCAAUCGAAUUUUUCAUCCGCUUUGAUUAAACGUGCGCUGGCCGCAGUUAAUGCUGAUUCUUAUAACCAUAAUGAUGAUGCUGAUGAUGAUUCAGCUGAAUAUGAUAACGAAAAUGAUGAAGAAGAUCCAAUGACUAUCAGUAAUCGAACAUUGAUGGCUAGUACAAUCAAAUUAUUUGCCGAUAAUGCAAAUGCCAUUAUUGCUAGACCAUUAUUGGAUUUAUUCACUUUUGGUACCUGGGAAUUGUAUAAUCAGGUAUUUCGUGAUGAAGGCCAAGUAGCUAUAGCAUCACCUGUGGUUGUAAAAGAAGUUGUCUAUGCUGAUAAUAUAAUACAUGCCGAUUUCUUAUUACCUGGUUACAUGAUUGGUUUCUUAUAUCUAGCAUUAGUUACAAUCACAUCACAAUUAUUGAUCAUGGAACGUAAUGAUGGAUUCUUCGAUCGUGCUAUUGUUGCCGGAGCCAAACAUUCACUUAUGUUUUUUUCACAUUUCAUAGCCAAUCUAUUGUUUGCUUUUUUUCAGAUUCUUCUUAUGUUUUUAAUUGGUUUCGCUUGGUAUAAGAUGAAUAAUUUUGGUUCCUAUUUGCUUAUGUUUUUUCUUGUUUUAUUACAAUCGGCAAGUGCCAUCAUGACUGGACUACUAAUAUCGGCUACAUGUGAAGUAAAUUUCUCGGCAUUUUUCAUCGCCUUAUCGGUUACAUUGAGUCAAUUAUUCACAAGUGGUGCAUUUUUCCCAAUAGUAUCAUUUGAUCCGGUUAUAAAAUUUUUUCUCAGUAUAACACCUAUUGCAAUGCCCGUAGAAUCAUUACGUAAUGUAAUGUUACGUGGUUGGAAUCUGGAUCGUUUUCAUGUAUUACAUGGAUUAUUGGCCAAUGUUGGCACUACAAUUGUAUUUGGUUUAGUGGCAUUAUAUUUUUUCAAACGUAAAUCAUAAAUUUCAUCAUUUUCACACAUAUAUAAGAGAAACAUUAAUCCAAAAUCAUUUUCAAAAAUCAAUCGAUCAAACGAAUAAUAAUAAUAUUUAUUCAUCAUAUA